AGUCGGGUGGGCCGCUGGGACCGUGGCCGCGGCAGUGUGCGCGGCAGCUGUGCGGGGUUCCGGUGGGUCGGAGACAGGGAGGCCGGGUGCCUGCGCGGUGCGGGCGACACGCGCGUCUCUGCGGGGCUGCGCGGGGUCCGCGGAGCGGCUGGGGGCGCGCGGCGCGGGCGCGGCGCUGGGCGCGGGGGGCGCUCCCGGCCGGGAUGAGCUCACCGCAGUCGCGCCGGGGCUGAGCGCCAAGCCGGGCGGCGGCUCCUCGGCGGCUGCUCGGCGGGGCCGGGCCGCGGGCCACCAUGCUGGGCCUGGACGCGUGCGAGCUGGGGGCGCAGCUGUUGGAACUGCUCCGGCUGGCGCUGUGCGCCCGAGUCCUUCUGACAGAAAAGGAAGGGGGGCAGCUGCUGCCAGAUGAGGUGCUGGACGAGGCUGUGCCAGGGUACCGGGCCCCGGGGAGGAAGAGCCUCCUAGAGAUCCAGCAGCUGGACCCAGACGAUGAGAGCCUGGCCAAGUACAAGCGGGUGCUUCUGGGUCCCCUGCUGCCGGCCGUGGACCCAAGCCUGCCCAACGUGCAGGUGACCAGGCUGACUCUGAUGUCUGAGCAGGCUCCCGGGCCCAUGACCAUGGACCUCACAGGGGAGCUGGCUGCACUGAAAAAUCAGGUGUUCGUCCUGAAGGAGGGUGUUGAUUACAAAGUGAAGAUCACCUUUAAGGUCAAUAAGGAAAUUGUCAGUGGCCUCAAGUGUCUGCAUCACACCUACCGCAGGGGCCUGCGAGUGGACAAGGCUGUGUACAUGGUGGGCAGUUAUGGCCCAAGAGCCCAGGAGUAUGAGUUUGUAACUCCGGUGGAGGAGGCGCCGAGAGGCGCCCUGGUGAGGGGCACCUAUGUGGUCACAUCCUUCUUCACUGACGACGACAGGGCAGACCACCUUUCCUGGGAGUGGGGCCUCCACAUCUGCCAAGACUGGAAGAGCUGAGCGCCCACCCCCCUGCUUUGCCCCAGGACCAGUCUCCCCAUUCGGGGUCCUUGUUCCCUCUGCCUCUGUCAGUCACUGCACAGGGACCCCCACGCAUUGUCCAGCCCCCUCAGUCAGUGGCCAGACCCCUCAUGCCCUCUGCCCCGUCUCGGGACACCCCCUCCCGGGCCUGGCGCUGUGCCCUGAACAGCCCUAUUAAACUCCACCUGUCUCAGUG